AUGCCUCCGAAGAACUCGCGUGCUAAGCCCGUGGUUGAUGCUCCUGCUGGUGGGAGUGAUCCUGCAGGCAAGACAUCGCCAAGCAAGGGAAAGGAGAUUGUUGAUAAUAUUCCGUCGGAAGUAGAGGUGACGGCUGGCAGCUCCGGACUUACUCUUGAAGAGAAGCUGAAGGCGCUGGCGACGGUGGUCUCGGAUGAUUCCUUCAUCGAAGAUGAUUCGGAUGAGGAGCUCGACAUUGACGCGACUAAGAGCUCUUACCCGCAUCUGCGUUUCACGGCGAUCCUGAUCUUCUCGGUUAUCCCCUCUCGGGAGGUUGCUUCGGUCAUUCUGACAGUGAAGACGCUGAUGAAACGCGUUUGGUCUAACCUGCUUACUGAUGAUGUUCUUGCUUCGGUGAAGUUCCAGGAGCUGCUUCCUGCCAUCGUCGCCAAGACCCGCUACAGUCGGCUUCAGGUUUCAUUCCUGCACGAAUCGGACGCGGUGAACAUCAAGCAGACUACGGUGGAGCAUAAGCGUCAGAACGGCACGACGCUCUACUGUUUCUGGCUGCAUCAGGAAGACGCGGCUUACCUUCGCAAGAAGGCUUCGAGCCCGCAGCUGCUGGAGGUUUUCUUCAAGAACGUACCUGCUGACAUCCCGCCGGAGUUGGUUAAGGAGAUCAUGGUGGCUCACCCGCUCAAGAUCCGGAAGCAGUCUGCCUUCGCCGAAGGCCAUUGCUUCCACCGUGUCCUGCACCCGGUUACUGGAGCUGAUACUGACAAGAUUAAGGUCCUUCAUGGUGGCGGCAGACCAUAUCACAUCGGCAAGUCACCUGCUGGGGCUGGAGAAGCUGGGUGCGGCCACUCGCGGUUCCCUAAAGAGGCUCGGAGGGAGUUUACCUUUUACUCGUGUGCUAAUCAGUCCAGCUCACGAAUCGAUCGGGUGCUUGUCUCACAGUCGCUGCUGUCGCACGUGGAGUUUGCCUCGCAUAUCAUGCCAGCAGAUCCCAUCUCGGAUCACAGCUUCGCGGUGAAGGCAGCUUUCCGGAGGAAUACGAAGGUGCAGAUGGGACCAGGCCUCUGGAGGCUCCCUGCAUAUUUGAUCGGGAGACCAGGGGUCAGAAAGGUCAUCGAGGUGGUAGAGAAGCAAGUGGCAGCAAAUGGCGAUGAUUUCGAGUUGUUGCUGUCCAGGUUAAACGCCGGGCUCAGAGCGUACGCGAUGGAGGAGAGGAAGCACAUCAGGGCCACGAUGGCUCACCUUCAGCGCACGGUCGCUGACUUGAAGCAGGCCUGGCUGGGUGACCCGAGCUGUGCUCGGCUGAAGGAGUUGCUGGACGAGAGGGAGGCGCAGCUGAAAAGUUAUCGGCUGGCACGGCAAGAGAGGCUGCAUGUGAUGGCUGGAGUGAACGAGUUGGUCAUGGGGGAGGUGGCUUCCCCGCACCUGUCUGCGAAAAUAAGAUCCAGGAAGGAGAAGACAUAG